UGUGGAGAAUAUGGGAAAAGGGGAAUCAAGGGAGGGGGAUUUCAAAAGGAGAAUAAAAAUCUCUAUCUCUUUGUGUCGAUUUCAGCCUUGGGAAGGAACCCAGAUCGGGAAUUGAGACGAGAUUUUGUGGGGAGGUAAGAAGGGCAGUAUAUGAGAGGAAGAAUCCAGGAAAAAAAUAGAGUCUUUGAUUUGGGUGGUUUUACAGUGGAAUCUUUUAUUGUGGAGGAAGAAUUGAGAUGUGGGUUCUCGAUUUCUGUGUGUGGCGGAGAUGAGAUUGAAGAAGAAAGGUCGGAAGGUUGGGAAGAAGGCGAGGAGAGGAAAGGAAGGCAGAGGUUAAUGGCAAGUGGGAAUCGAUGGCGGUUCGACGAUGAAGGAAGGAGAAGGGUCCUG